CGCCGCGGGAGACGCCCGAGAGCUCUGUAGGCUCCGAAUGGCCGGAUGACUCGCGCGCUGCAUCAUGGAAGAUGGAGUCUACCAGAAAUCCGAGUCGGCUCGAACUUCCGACCAAGCUCACGUAUUUAUCUUGUGCACAGAGGCGGGGGAAGAGUAAAUGAAGAGCUGCCCCCAGAUUUCGUCAUAAAACUGCGACCAGACAGGCGGCGCCAUCUUCGAACUUGGACUUCCGGAAGGAGUUUGGUAAGGUUUGAUGAGAAAGAAAGGAGAGAGAAGGAAAGUGAGAAGGGGCAGCCAUUUUUGGGGGUGCUGAUGGAUACCUGCGGGGUCGGCUAUGUUGCCCUGGGGGAGGCCGGCCCCGUGGGGAGCAUGACUGUGGUAGACUCUCCUGAACAAGAAGUGCUAAACCAGCUUGAUGUCAAGGCCUCUUCUGAAAUGACCAGUGAGGAAGCUUCCAUAGAGGUGUCAUUACCCACCCCUUUGCCUGGAUUUGAGGAUUCUCCUGACGAGAGGAGGCUUCCUCCAGAGCAGGAAAGCCUCUCCAGGCUGGAGCAGCAAGAUCUUUCUUCAGAGAUGUCAAAGAUCUCAAAGCCUAGGGCCUCAAAGCCUGGCCGGAAGAAAAGUGGUAGGACACGAAAAGGCCCCAAAAGGCCCCAGAAGCCUAAUCCUCCACCAACCCCUCUGGUUCCUGGUCUUUUAGAUCAAUCCAACCCUCUAUCCACCCCCAUGCCUAAGAAACGAGGUCGAAAGUCCAAGGCAGAGCUGCUACUGCUGAAGUUAUCAAAAGGCCUAGAUCAGCCAGAGUCUCCACCUCCAAAGAGACCCCCUGAGGAUUUUGAGACCCCUUCUGGGGAACGACCCCGCCGAAGGGCUGCCCAAGUGGCACUUAUGUAUCUUCAGGAACUGGCUGAAGAGCUCUCCACAGCCCUGCCUGCUCCUCCAGUGACCUGUCCUGAAACCCCAAAGGUCAGCAGCCCCACCAAACCGAAGAAGAUUCGGCCACCGGCAGCCUGUCAAGGUGGAGAAGAAGAGGAAGAAGUUCCACAGGAUGAAGACUUUGUUCUCCAGGUGGAAGCUGAAGAUGGGGGAGAAAGUGAGGCCCCAAGUGAGAACUCAUCUGACCACGAGCCUGUAGUGCCCCGAAGCACGCCACGAGGAGGAUCCACUACUGUGAAGCAGAAGCCACACUGCCGAGGAAUGGCUCCAAAUGGCUUACCAAAUCACAUCAUGGCUCCAGUUUGGAAGUGCUUUCAUCUUACUAAGGACCUCCGAGACCAGAAGCAUUCCUACUGGGAGUUUGCUGAGUGGAUUCCUUUAGCCUGGAAGUGGAACUUGUUAUCUGAACUUGAGGCAGCUCCCUACCUGCCCCAGGAGGAGAAGUCUCCACUGUUUUCUGUACAGCGUGAAGGACUUCCUGAAGAUGGCACUCUCUACCGGAUUAACAGAUUUAGCUCAAUCACAGCACAUCCAGAGCGCUGGGAUGUGUCCUUCUUCACGGGAGGCCCUCUCUGGGCUCUGGACUGGUGCCCAGUGCCAGAGGGAGCAGAAGCCUCGCAGUAUAUCGCCCUUUUCUCCAGCCCUGACAUGAACGAGACACAUUCACUGAGCCAGCUUCAUUCAGGCCCUGGGCUGCUCCAGCUCUGGGGCCUUGGGACCUUGCAGCCAGAAAACUGUCCUGGCAACAGGGCCCACCUUGUCUAUGGGAUUGCUUGUGACCACGGCUGCAUCUGGGACCUCAAGUUCUGCCCCAGUGGAGCAUGGGAACUUCCAGGCACCCCUCGGAAGGCUCCUCUCUUGCCCCGUCUGGGUCUCUUGGCUCUUGCCUGCUCCGACGGGAAGGUGUUGAUAUUCAGUCUGCCCCAUCCGGAGGCCCUGCUGGCUGAGCAGCCUCCAGAUGCAAUGAAGCCAGCCAUCUAUAAGGUACAGACUGUGGCAACCCUGCAGGUGGGCUCAGUGCAAGCUGCAGACCCCUCUGAGUGUGGUCAGUGCCUUAGCCUGGCAUGGAUGCCAACCAGGCCCCAUCACCACCUUGCUGCUGGAUACUACAAUGGUAUGGUGGUUGUAUGGAACCUUCCCACCAACUCUCCCUUGCAGCGGAUACGACUCUCUGAUGGCUCCUUGAAGCUCUACCCCUUCCAAUGUUUCCUAGCCCAUGACCAGGCUGUGCGUUCCCUUCAGUGGUGCAAAGCCAAUGGUCAUUUUCUAGCCUCUGCGGGGAGCGACCGGAAAAUCAAAUUUUGGGACCUUCGUCGACCUUAUGAACCAAUAAACUCUGUCAAGCGCUUCUUGAGUACCGAGCUGGCCUGGCUGGUUCCCUACAAUGGUGUCACUGUGGCUCAGGACAACUGCUAUGCCUCUUACGGGCUCUGUGGAAUUCAUUAUAUUGAUGCUGGUUACCUUGGUUUCAAGGCCUACUUCACUGCUCCUCGAAAAGGCACUGUCUGGACUCUUUCAGGAUCUGAUUGGCUUGGAUCAGUAGCCGCAGGAGAUAUAUCCGGGGAGCUCAUUGCAGCUAUCUUGCCUGAUAUGGGUCUGAACCCAAUAAAUGUCAAGCGACCCGUAGAGCGAAGAUUCCCUAUAUAUAAAGCAGAUCUGAUGCCAUAUCAGGACAGUCCCGAAAGUCAUGAUCACUCUUCUGCUUCAUCUGGGACUCCCAACCCUCCCAAGGCUCGAACUUAUGCUGAAACCAUCAACCAUCACUACUUGCUCUUUCAAGACACAGAUUUGGGCUCAUUCCACGAUCUGGUCCAUAGAGAACCAAUGGUGCGCAUGGAAGAGGGAGAGGGGCAUUCGCAGCUCUGCCUGGACAGGCUGCAACUUGAGGCUAUUCAUAAGGUACGUUUCAGCCCAAACCUGGACUCCUAUGGAUGGCUGGUAUCUGGGGGGCAGUCUGGGCUGGUUCGAAUCCAUUUCGUCCGUGGACUCACCUCCCCACUGGGUCACCGUAUGCAGCUUGAAAGCCGAGCCCACUUCAAUGCUAUGUUCCAGACACCCUCCUCUGCUAAAGGGCCUGACUUCACUCCAACCAGCCAUUGCCUUCUACCCAGUCCCUAGUGUUGGUCCAGCAGGACCCUUGGAAUGAAGUCUGCCAAGAACAAAUGGCCCCCAUGCACAGAGCCAUAGGAACUGGGGCCUUCCUGGACAGUGAUGAUACCAGGCCUGAACCUUUUAAGCCUAUCUCCCCAGGACUCCUUAGAUCCCUCUCUUUCCACAGACUUCUAUGAUCACAGCCCCCUGCGGGCUAGGGGGCUCUCCCUCCAUAAACUCUCAAGGCUCCUAGCCUAAAACGAUGGCUCAUGAGAAACCCUCAGGCCUGACCUAGGCUUGGGAGUCCAACUGCUCAUAUUGAGCAUAUUGUUAAGUGGGUAAAGCUAAGUAAAGGUACUGGGUGUUUUUGAGACCACUUGUGAGUGGGUGUUUGGAGAACUGGAAAGAGUAUCUGCAUGAAGGCUCCAGUCUGACUAUUCCAGGAUGCAAUGUUACUGCCUUCCCAUACUUCCUCUUUAGAUUAACCAUCACACAGGCCCAAGAGGGGUGAUAGUAAUUUAUUGGACUGAAGCUGCUUAUAGUACUUUACCUGAGGAACACCACAAACACCCUACCAUUAGAAGAGUGGCUCAGAUCUUACUUGCUCCUGCUUAUGAAAUAUUCCCAGUCAUUGGUCAUCUGACCCUAUUUGAACACUCCCAAACAGUCAUGUUUUAAAAAAAAUCUUCCUUUAUAUCCUUUAUAUCAAGUCCGAGAGCAUACCUCUACAAAUUUUACUCAUGGUUGUUAGGAAAUCUAGUCAUUCUUCCCUGUGAUUGCCCUUUUAAGUAUUUAACAAUAGCUAUCAUGUGUUUUCCAAGUCUUCUCUAGAUUAAAUAUCUUCAGUUACUUUAAC